UUGCUAAUUGCUAAGUGUACGAUAGAGUUGCAUCCCCAUUCCCCUCACUUGCAUCACAAUAAUAAUACAAAUUCAAAUAUAUAAAAAAAUUAAAUAAAAUUAGAUCGAAAAUCGAAUCUAGCCCAAAACCGGAAAGAUGGCAUCCCACACAAUCCCAAAACCGGAAAGAUGGCAUGCCCAAAACCGGAAAGAUGGCAUGCCCAAAAUCGAAUCUAGCCCAAAACCGGCGGCGCAAACAGGCCUCUUUCCCUUCGGCCAUGGUGGACCCCAACUACUCGCUCCGCCUCCACAACUCUCCAAUGUCAUAAGAUGUACGUCCCAGGUCGGUGAAUAUUCAUCAAUCUCCGAUGAAAUUGUGUUUCAAUUUCGUAUUUCAAAUUCCUCCGUUAACGCCCUAGGGUUUGGGGAAGCCUCGCCGGAAGCCAAAGCAGCAAAACACCUUCACGACUUCUUCACCUACGUCGCCGUUAGAAUUGUGAUUGGGCAGCUUGAGAGCUAUAACGAAGAGGCGUAUGCAGAUAUGAUGAAAUUCAUGGAAAAUCACUCGGUCGACGACGGGGACAAGUUUUGCGCUGAUUUGAUGCGGGAAUCAUCAAAUCACAAAGCUCUAGCUUUGCGCAUAUUAGAGGUUCGAUCUGCGUAUUGCAAAACUGAUUUCGAAUGGGACAAUUUACAACGAUUGUCACAAAAGAUGGUGGAAGAUCGUAAUACAAAAGUGAUGAGGGAUUAUUUAUCGGAGACGACAAUGAAAAGUGAGAACUAAGUGAGAUCCCAUUGGACACAAUGUUUGUGUAUAUUUUUUGUGUUUGUUUCUGUGAUGUGCUUCAAUGUGUGAAUGGAAAUAUUAAGUUCAUGACAUGACUUGUAUAAUCGUGAUGAAAAAUGUAACAUAAUAAUUGUUCUUCAA